CGUCAGUGGCCGGACGCUUCCGGUGUCGGGCUGGAGCUGGUUCCCUUGUUGACACUUUAUUGUUCCCGCUUGGUAAGCGGAAGAAUGCAGCGGGCCUGACCCCCACAGGACCGGACUACUUACAUCCGACAGUGAGCGGAGAAGGAGGGGAAGAUGUCCUCGGGCCGGCAGUCUCAGCAGCUCCCUGGACCGGGCGGCGGGACAGGCCCAUCGUCUUCUUCAUCCUCUGCCCCGUCCAGCUCUUCCUCCGCGGCGGGGCCUCUAAGGCCAGUGGCCUCCAGUAUGUCCAGGCUGGCGGUGACUGGUAACGGCUCCGCGCUGUCCGUUAGGGCCGUGAGUUCGGGGCCAAGGAAGAGGCCCCUGCCGACCCCCCUGUGUAACGGGCUCAUCAACUCCUACGAGGACAAGAGCAACGACUUUGUGUGCCCAAUAUGUUUCGAUAUGAUCGAGGAAGCCUACAUGACAAAAUGUGGACACAGCUUUUGCUACAAAUGCAUCCAUCAAAGCCUGGAGGACAAUAACCGCUGCCCGAAGUGUAACUAUGUGGUGGAUAACAUUGACCAUCUCUACCCAAACUUUCUAGUAAAUGAACUUAUUCUCAAACAGAAGCAAAGAUUUGAUGACAAGCGGCUGAAGCUGGACCCAUCGAAUGGUCACCGAUGGCAGAUCUUCCAAGACCUUCUGGUAACUGAUCAAGAUAAUCUGGAUCUAGCCAAUGUUAACCUGAUGCUUCAGCUUUUGGUACAGAAGAAGAGGCAACUUGAAGCGGAAUCGCAUGCUGCGCAAGUUCAGAUCCUAAUGGAAUUCCUCAAAGUGGCUCGACGGAAUAAGAGAGAGCAAUUGGAGCAGAUCCAGAAAGAGCUGAGUGUGGUGGAAGAAGACAUAAAGCGUGUAGAGGAGAUGAGCGGUUUAUAUUCCCCGCGGAGUGAGGACAGCACUGUGCCACAGUUCGAAGCCCCUUCCCCAUCACACAGCAGCAUAAUCGACUCCACAGAAUACAGUCAACCCCCUGGAUUCAGUGGAAAUUCCCAAACAAAAAAGCAGCCGUGGUAUAACAGUACGCUGGCAUCCCGCCGGAAACGCCUCACAGCACAUUUUGAAGACUUGGAGCAAUGCUACUUCUCUACCAGAAUGGCUCGUGUGUCAGAUGACAGUCGGACAGUGAGUCAACUGGAUGAAUUUCAAGAGUGUUUAUCCAAGUUCACCCGAUAUAACUCUGUGCGUCCUCUCGCCACCCUCUCCUACGCCAGUGAUCUAUAUAACGGCUCCAGCAUUGUAUCCAGCAUAGAGUUUGACCGAGACUGUGACUACUUUGCCAUUGCUGGUGUGACCAAGAAGAUCAAGGUGUAUGAGUACGGCACAGUUAUUCAGGAUGCUGUAGACAUCCACUACCCGGAGAAUGAAAUGACCUGUAAUUCAAAAAUCAGCUGUAUAAGCUGGAGCAGCUAUCACAAAAACCUGCUGGCCAGCAGCGAUUAUGAAGGGACGGUGAUUCUCUGGGAUGGCUUUACAGGGCAAAGAUCCAAAGUAUACCAGGAACAUGAAAAGAGGUGUUGGAGUGUGGAUUUUAACCUCAUGGACCCCAAACUUCUAGCGUCUGGUUCUGAUGAUGCCAAAGUUAAGCUAUGGUCUACCAACCUGGAUAAUUCUGUUGCUAGUAUUGAAGCCAAAGCCAAUGUAUGCUGUGUGAAAUUUAGUCCCUCUUCCCGAUACCACCUAGCGUUUGGCUGUGCAGAUCACUGUGUCCACUAUUAUGACCUCCGAAACACUAAACAGCCGAUCAUGGUGUUUAAAGGACAUCGCAAAGCUGUCUCUUAUGCCAAGUUUGUCAAUGGGGAGGAGAUUGUUUCCGCGUCAACAGACAGCCAGCUGAAGUUGUGGAACGUUACCAGACCACAUUGCCUGCGCUCCUUCAAGGGUCACAUCAAUGAAAAGAAUUUUGUUGGGUUGGCGUCUAAUGGAGACUAUAUUGCCUGUGGAAGCGAAAACAAUUCCCUCUACCUGUACUAUAAGGGGCUCUCGAAAACCCUUCUGACUUUCAAGUUUGACACUGUUAAGAGUGUGUUGGACAAAGAUCGCAAGGAAGAUGACACCAAUGAGUUUGUGAGUGCUGUGUGUUGGAGGGCGCUACCUGACGGGGAGUCCAAUGUUCUUAUUGCUGCUAACAGCCAGGGCACAAUCAAGGUACUGGAGCUGGUAUGAUACAUCGACUCCUAGUUGACAAGUGAUGAGGUCUUCAAGCUCUCGUGUUCUAGGCCAGGAUCUCCAUCUGCAGAAAACUCUAAAACUCUUCCUGAUGGAGACUCUCAAAGCAUUUUGUCACAUCACUUCUCAUGAGACUUCUCGAUGUGGAGGAUGAAGAAUGGGACCGAGCAUAAAUGGACUCAACAAUUUAUGCUGCCAUCCCUGGGCACUCAAGAAUUUUCCUGCCCUCAUAACUGUACUUUUUCUCUUCUGGUGCUGCUUUAUACCUUAGUAAUUGGGGAAAUGUAUCCUGUUGCUUUGUACAGUUCCUACCAGCACUGAGGACAUGAACUGAGAGGUAGAGAGAGAG